AUGAAGCCUGAUAAGAUGGGGUUUCUCCUAGGAAUCUUCAUCUUCUGCUCAGUCACUGCCCCAGUACUGAGUGGUGUUGCCAGGCUCACUCACAAUAUCUGCAGAGAAUACAAAGAGUCUUGUAAUAUGGACGUGGAUCCUGGCAGCUGCUAUGAGGUCCAUUUUAGAUUCUUCUACAACAGAACUGCCGGCGAGUGUCAGAGUUUUGUCUUCACUGGCUGCAACGGCAACCUUAACAACUACAGGCUGAAAAUAGAGUGUGACAUUGAAUGCAAUGAAGAGUACCGGACAGUACGAACAUCAGAGCCUGAGCGUGAGCCUGAGAGCUUUCAUGGACGUCCUCGGAUGGGCCUCCUGAAACAAAGCUGGAAGAAGGUUCAGGCCAAUGCUGAGAUCUUUGGGUAA